GCAGAACGAGAGAGGGAGAAGGCAGAGGUUGAGACAUCGUCCCUCUCUGGGGCGAGGAGGAAGCAAUCCAAAGCCAGCUGGUCUGGCUUUGCAGUUGAAGAGUCAGUGAGAGAGAGGGGUGGGGGGCCCGUGGCUGGGACUGGAUCACGUAACUCCACGAGCUCCAUCCACAGUGGCAGCAGGUUCUGGGAAGUCCUUCGUGUCAGCUGGUUAACAGAAGUUGAAUGCAGAAAGAAGUUUGGAAAGAAAAAGAAGAACAAAAGUGAUCUUAUUGAAGGAUAAGAAUAAGCUAAAAGCUUGCAACAUUGAAACCAGCUAAGAUUCUGCUGGGUUUUCAGGAUUCUGAAGUGGGGGAACAGUGAAAGAUUAAUACAAUGUGCUAGGGGAGCCAAGGAAGAGAAGUUUGGGACUUUUUCCUACUAUACUGGAGUGUGAGAGAGACAAGGAACGUCAAAAUGGGGAGGAAAAAGAUUCAGAUCACAAGGAUUAUGGAUGAACGGAACAGACAGGUGACAUUUACAAAGAGGAAGUUUGGUUUAAUGAAGAAGGCCUAUGAACUCAGUGUGCUAUGUGACUGUGAAAUAGCCCUGAUCAUUUUUAACAGCUCAAACAAACUGUUUCAGUAUGCUAGCACAGACAUGGACAAAGUUCUUCUGAAAUACACAGAGUACAAUGAGCCCCAUGAGAGCAGAACCAACUCGGACAUUGUAGAGAAAUUAAGAAACAAAGGCCUUAGUGACCGUACCAGUCCUGACCCUGAAGAUUGUUUCAGCCACAGUCCUGUCAUGGACGACCAAUACAGCAAACUUAACAAAGAGAGUGAUUUAAUUUACAAGCAAUGUGGUGCACUAAACAAGAAAGAGCACAGAGGCUGUGAAAGCCCGGACCCUGAUGCUUCUUAUGUCCUCACACCACAUACAGAAGAAAAAUAUAAAAAAAUUAAUGAGGAGUUUGAUAAUAUGAUGAGAAAUCAUAAAAUCCCAACUGCUUUGCCACCACAGAAUUUCUCUAUGCACGUUGCUGUGCCCGUGACAAAUCCGAACUCACAUCCCUACAGCAAUCCAGGAAGCUCCCUAGCUUCCACAGCACUGGCAGCUGCUUCAGUAUCUUUGACAGACAGUGGGAUGCUGUCACCUCCUCAAGGAUCUCUACACAGAAAUGUGGUGUCGCCAGGAGCGCCUCAAAGACCCCCCAGCACUGGAAGUGCAGGUGGUAUGCUGGGUUCUGCUGACCUCACAAUGCCAAACGGUGCAGGCUCCAGCCCAGUGGGCAAUGGUUUUGUGAAUCCACGUGGAUCUCCUGGUCUACUGGGCACUCCAAGUGGGAAUGGACUAGGUAAAGUCAUGCCUACAAAGUCUCCACCUCCACCAGGGGGAUCUCUGGCCUUGGGUAACCGAAAGCCAGACCUGCGUGUCGUCAUUCCUCCUUCUAGCAAAGGCAUGAUGCCUCCACUGUCAGAGGAGGAUGAAAUGGAUCUGAAUAUCCAGAGGAUAAGCAGUUCACAGUCGACGCAGCCACUCGCCACCCCUGUGGUGUCUGUGACCACGCCAAGUCUGCCGCCACAAGGUCUUGUCUAUUCUGCUAUGCCAACGGCCUACAAUACCGAUUACUCCCUGAACAGCGCCGAUCUUUCAUCUUUGCAGGGGUUCAACUCUCCAGGGACGCUAUCUCUCGGCUCCAUGUCGGCCUGGCAGCAGCAUCACCUUGGGCAGACUGCUCUUAGCUCCCUCAUUACUGGUGGUCACUUACCUCAGGGUUCAAACCUCUCCAUCAACACCAAUCAGAAUGUCAACAUUAAGUCAGAGCCCAUCUCACCUCCUCGAGACCGUAUGACACCAUCUGGAUUUGCACCGCAAGCUCCUCUCUCACGGCAGGACAUGGGUCGCUCACCUGUCGAUAGCCUAAGCUCUUCCAGCAGCUCGUAUGAAGGCAGUGACCGAGAGGACCCUCGUGUGGACUUCCACUCACCCUUGGGGCUUGGGAGGCCUCCUACUGGCGGGGAGGACCGGGAGAGCCCCUCAGUGAAACGAAUGCGCAUGGACACCUGGGUCACAUAAGAGAGGAUCACCUGUACUCUGCCAGCACUAUCUAAUCUAGGCUAGGCUAGGGUGGGGUAGGGGCUUGGGCAGUUCAGUUUGGAUAUUGUUUUUUAAAUUAUUUUAUUUUUUGAAUAGUUACUAUAAAUAAAUUUCCUGACAUAUCUACAUCACACACCAACACACAAUGAAGAGGAAAAGACCAUGAAGUGAAUGUUAUCAGGUACUUGGUGCAAAUGUAAUGUAUGUUUAACAAAGUCCCACGUGUUGUAUCAAAAGAAUUGUGGUCACUGGUCCAUUCUGGCACUUAUUUGUAAUCGCUGGUUUGAUCUUUUUUUUUUUUUUUUUACUAUCCAUUUGCAAGAAAACAAAAAAAAAAAAUACAAUCAAAGAGCCGGGGGUCCUCACUCUGUUUUCACAUGCUGGCUCAGACGGCGCAGGAGAGCCCAAUCAUGGUCAGUUUAGUGAGACCCUAAAGUCUCGGCCCUUUUUGUAAUCAUGCUGGAAGGAAUCCACAUAAUAAGUGAGCAAUAGAAUCCUAUGAAGACGGAGGCGGCCCGCUGGUAUGGAGAGUAUUGUGAGCGUUCUUGGGGGGAAUGGAUGUCACGAAACUUUGAGACGUCUAUACUUUAUGAGAAAGAAAUCCUUUAGAUAUCUAAUAUAUUAAUUUAUGAUUGGAAAAGUGGUUUGAAGUCUUUUUAUGUUCCUACCUAAACGUAUAUUAAAAAUAAGAUGUAAAUCACAAACUGUAUAUUUUUUAUUAAAACAAGCACCCAGUUGAGUUGCUAACUACAGUAUAUAUAAAUCUUAAAUAGUCCUAAAUACUUUCAGAUAUGAAUUAUUUAUACAAGCCAAAGCUGUAUGUUGAUGCUUUUCUUUUAUUGCUGUGGGGUUCAUCUUGUUAACCAGGAGGAAGAUGAAAAAGAAAAAACGACAAAAAGCCGCCAGUUCUCUGAAGUGACGUUAAAAGCCAUGAACUUGUUUUUUCUUUGUAUAUUGAAAUUUGAGCCAAAUUUGUUUUCUGUUUUGUGUAUAUAGCAACUUCGAUAUAUACAUAUAAAUAAAUAUAUACAAUAUAUAUAUAUAAAUAUACAUACAUCACCUUUGGUGUUGGUACGUAUGUAUGGUACCAUCACCAGAUUUAAGAAUAAAGGUAUAUUUUUGUGGAUUAAUGCCAGUUUGACAAGGCAAAGUCUUCAAUGAGUAGAGUAUUCACUGGUUAAUAUUUAAUAUUUUGUUAAAUAUGCUGUACUUUCUGCAAGUUUAAAUUGUUCACACGCUGCUCUUUGUUUUUCUCAAAGGGUAAUUUUAGAACUGUGUUCUCCCUUUGGUCCUCAGUGUGUCUUUUCGGAUCUGUAAUAGUGAACAGUAUGUGAAGCUUCACUGAAUCCGUCCAGCCAUUUAUUUUCUAAAGCGGGUUUUUCCAUUCCAGGGUGGUGGGGCAAUAGAGAAACAGCAUAAGCAAUUCAGGUUACCAGUUAAAACGCAGAGAUCUGCCUUACUGUUCACACUCCACCGCUCACUCAUAUUGUACCCACAAAAAUGAGAGAGCAAUAAAAGCAGGGGACCCAUUUUGUGUAAAGGGAGAAAUUCCGCCUUUGUAUAACGUAAAUCUGUGUGUGGUGUGACGCACGGCGCAGUGUGUGGUGUGACCGUGCUGUAUACACACACGUACUGAGCGAGGACUCCGCAUUGGGCACCGUGAGCUCCUCAUUUCAGAUAAGCAUUCGAGUGCAGGCCACGUUCAUUGCCGAUGCUUGAAAAUUUAAAAAUUUAACGUGUUCUGCCAAAGUACGUAUUCUUAAGUCUUCAUUCUGAUACGGAAUUCAAGUAUCUGGGGUUAGCCUCACUACAAUUACAGCGACGUCCACACGUGCAGAUGCACAAAUGCAGCGUACGAGCGACACUUUGAUAUGUUGUUCAUGUUAGAGCGCUUUAGAGAUCAUCCAUUGAAAAAAAAACAAAAUCCCCCUCUUUCACAUCAAGUACAAGUCCACACGUAACACUGCGGUGUGUGUAGUCGUCCAUGUGCUGUGCGCUUUAGUCAAUCAUUUGAGUAAACUGACCUCAGUGGACCAAAUCUGCAUUGAAACAGCCAGAGGCAGCCCGCCACUAAAUCGUACGGUCAUUUCAAUUUUCCCCCUUGACUCCUCUUCAGAGGUCUAGCUGUACUUUUGUGUCUUCAUUAAUGUUGAAGUAGAAAUGCAGUUGGUGAAAAAAGAAACAUGGAGGUCAGUAAGCUGACGCCGCAUGCGCAUUCCUAAAUUUGGAUGACUGUGAACUUGAGGGAAGUGUUUAACGACCGUUAGUGGUUCCCAAAACGCCAGCCACAGCUUACUUUCUGAACGCCAUGAUGUAUUUUUUAGAUUUGUAUUUCUGUCCCAAGAGUUAUUGUGAGAUUUUGAACUCGAGAAUGAGCUGGUUGAUGUUCGAUAUCCUCCUAAGAUUUUAUGUUUGACAUGCCACCACUUCAGACAUUAGCGGGUGUCAUUGCUUUAGCGAUUUCUCUUCCCUUUUAGUACUUCCAUCCAUCUUGCAAUAAUGGCUGCCACCUGAGCCAUUACCAUGAAAAAUGAAACCACAACGUCACGCUAGGCCUGCCCGCACACACCUCGUCUGGCCCUCUUUGAAUUUGCUGUCUAUAUUCUUGUGUGCCUUUUCUUAUGACACUUAGGGCCCUCAUCAUUUUCACAGUCUAAUUAGAAAUGAAUUAUCUAUGCAGAACCUCGAUGGUGCACUUGAAAGUCAUCCAUUACCCGACUCGUAAUCCAAUAUUAGUGAGCGAGCGCGCGAGCGAGAAGUGGCCGCGCAUUGGCUGGCAUCUGCAUCGACUUCAGUCCAUGAACCCAAAUGUUUACUCAAUUCCGGGCGAAUUGCUCUCGAGACUGUUAACCCUUAGCCCUUAAGUGCUUACUGACGUCUGGAGGAGGCCUUCCACGGCUUCUUCCGGACUCAAACGUUGACUCUUACUUGGCAUUUCAAGCACUGCUCAUCCCGCCAGGCGCGCACCUUCACAAAGUGCGUUGGCAGCUUUCUGAAUGCCUCACUUUUGACAAUGGCAUUUUUCAUGUUCUCCUUUUUUAACCCUCGGUUGUUUUUUUUUUUGCUUUUUUUUGUUUUGCCUGCAAAGUCGGCCUGAAUAAAAGAGGAAUUGUCCGACCUUGUUCAGCCCAUUUUAGCCAGAAAUGACUGACAGCCACGUAGUGUGCAGCCCUACGAGUGAGGCGCCGACGCACACAGUGCUGACACAACGAGGGGUUGUUUUGUUCUUUUUGGGGAAAUUUGUUUUUCAUUCUACAAAAAAGCCAGCAUUUAACAGCACAACUGGAUCACUCAUUUGGGAUUGUUUAGCCAUAUGUUUACGCGGCUGCGUGUUCCUCAAAGACACGAGCAGGAGGAUGCAGUAGCGACCUACGUUUAGCUCUAGAACUGCCGAUAUAAAAUUGUGAAGGAUCAGUGAAAUGUGUAGAAUACGUUACGGCCCCCCUCCUCUGCAAGCCUUUGUUUUGGUGUUACUAUGUUGUGUGCACACAAGGAAUAAAUACAUAGUAAGUAUAACGAACUCGGACAAACAGCUCCUUGGGUUUUGAUGCUAUUUAUGAAACUGAAAAUGCACAAAUAUUUGAAUGUGAAAGAAAGGAAUUCAAACUUUGUAGAAAACUUUCUUCACUUUGCUGUGCAAGAGUACACUGCUUUGCUUAAUGGCUUUUUUAAACAAAACUAUGUAUUUGGUAAUUGUUUGUAGGUUUUAGUUCCCUUGGAAAGCUGUUUGCGGUUUGGAGACUCAAACCGUUUGGCGGCACAAGCUGGACUUUGUUGCCAUAAAUGAAACAAAAUGUUUCAAAAAAGUACAAUAGACGAGAAUUUUAAGUUAACCUGCGUUUUAUUUUCCCUGAAUGUGUUGUUUUAUCUUCAUUAUAAAAUAAAUAUUCUAGUGAACUUUUUAUCGAAUGAUUACAAUAUGCUAGAGAUUGUUGUACAAAUUUGUAUUCUGCAUUCACUAAAGUAAAGAUAUUGGCUUUUACUGUG